AUGGUAAAAAUUUCAUCGUUUUUAUUUCUUGUCUUCGUUACAUUUUCAAAAAGUUACGAUCUAAAACAAGUUCUUAUUUUAAGUCGACAUAAUAUAAGAGCGCCACUCUCAUCAAAUUUACAAUAUCUCUCGAGUAACACGUGGCCGAUAUGGAACGUGGAUUCCGCAUUUUUAACUGCUAAAGGUGCAUUGCUUGAAGGUUACAUGGGAAGUUUUAUAUCGAAUUGGUUAGUGAAAAAGGUUUGCUACCAGCAGGAUGUCCUGAACAAAACACUGUGCAUGUUUACGCUAACACGAGGCAGAGAACAAAGGCAACUGCAAAAGCAUUUGUAG